CAUUCUCUUUCACUAUCUUCAUUCCUGCAAUGUUUAAUCCUAGCGUUCCUGAAGAAGCUCGUGAAUUCCUCGAUUUCGUAAACGCGUCCCCUUCUCCCUUCCAUGCCACGCACGAAGCUGCUGAGCGAUUGCGCAAGGCUGGCUUCAAGGAAAUCAAAGAACGUGAUAGCUGGAACGGCACCAUUGAGCGUAAUGGCAAAUACUUCUUUACUCGCAAUGGCUCCUCCAUCGUUGGUUUUACCGUCGGUGGAGCGUAUAAGCCUGGGAAUGGUUUUUCUAUUCUCGGUGCCCACACCGAUUCACCCUGCCUGAAACUGAAGCCUAUUUCCAAGAAAGAAAAAUCCGGAUAUCUCGAAGUUGGCGUGCAAUUGUAUGGUGGUGGUAUCUGGCAUACCUGGUUUGACAGAGAUCUCAGUGUCGCUGGUCGUGUCUUGGUCGAGCAAGAAGAUGGUACCUUCAAGCACACUUUGGUCAAAGUGGAUCGUCCUUUGUUGCGUAUCCCUACGCUCGCCAUUCAUUUGGAUCGUACAGCGAACGAUGGCUUCAACUUUAACAAAGAAACGCAAUUGGCGCCCAUUUUGGCUACUGCCACCAAAUCGGCAUUGAAUGGAUUCGACAAGGCUGGCGACUCGGAAGCAGAGGCAUUGCACCAUCCAUUGCUGGUUCAUGUCCUUGCCGAUGAGAUGAAGGUUAAGCCUCGGCAGAUUCGUGAUUUCGAAUUGGCACUUUACGAUACUCAAAAGUCUACCAUUGGCGGUGCGUGCAACGAAUUUAUCUUCUCGCCUCGUCUUGACAACCUUGAAAUGUCCUUCUGUUCGAUCAAGGCUCUUGUUGAAGCUCAGGAUAUUGCGAAUGACACCAACAUUCGCUUGGUGGCUUUGUUCGAUAAUGAAGAAAUUGGAAGUUUGACGGCUCAUGGUGCUGAUUCCAACCUUUUGCCCUCCACGUUGCAACGUUUGGUUGCCACAGAGUUGGGAGACGAGAAGGUCUCGGCUACGGCUUUCGAGGAGGCCAUGCACAAGAGUAUUUUGGUCAGCGCCGACAUGGCUCAUGCUAUUCAUCCCAAUUAUGCGGACAAGCACGAAGAGAACCAUCGCCCUGAAAUGCAUAAAGGCACCGUGAUCAAGGUGAACGCAAAUCAGCGUUAUGCCACGACAGCCAUGACGAGUCUGGUACUCAAAGAAUUAGCCAAGAAACACAACAUCCCUAUUCAGGAAUUCGUCGUUCGCAAUGAUUCGUCUUGUGGAUCCACCAUCGGCCCCAUGUUGAGUGCUAAGCUUGGGCUCCGUACAGUGGAUAUUGGUAACCCCCAGCUCAGCAUGCAUUCGAUUCGCGAAGUUGGUGGAACGGAUGAUGUCCCUCAUGCUAUUAAUCUGUUCAAGGUGUUCUUUGAAGAAUUCCCAGCUUUGGAAAAAAGAAUUUUUGUAGAUUAGAGUAUGUGAAUAGUAGGAGCAACUAUAGGGAUUUUGAGAGAGGGGCUGAAGAAGGGGAGGUUUGAUCUGGGUAGAAUCCAUCUUUUACGGAGAUCCAAUUUUUCCUGACAUGAACAAAAAGAAAAAAUCAAAAAAAAACAAUUUUUCAAGUGUGCU